AUGACAUCAGGAGUUAUAUUCACCUGUUACCUCCCAGCGAAUAUCACGGCAUUUCUCAUAGUCAUCACGGGUUACAUUGAAGCUCAAAUGCUAGCCCUCUCUGAAGAACUUCUUCAUCUAUGGGAAGACGCUGAGAAAGAUUAUAAUAAAAUGAAACGAACGAACAAUGUUUUAGAUGGAUCAGAAAACAAUCAAGUUAAUAAAACCAAAUUGAUUAAUGAAUACAUCAGUAUACGUCUAAAAGAAAUUACAGAAAAUCACGCACGUAAUAUUAAUCUCUUGCUUCAAGUUGAAAGCGUAUUCAGUGGAGCUAUUGCUUUGGAAUUCUUCCUACUAGUAGUUGGCCUAAUAGCAGAACUGUUAGGAGGCUUAGAGAAUACUUAUAUUGAGAUACCAUUUGCUAUGAUGCAAGUUGGAAUGGACUGCUUCACAGGGCAGAGAGUAAUGGACGCCAGUACAAAGUUUGAAAGAGCCGUUUACGACUGCAAAUGGGAGAGUUAUGAUAAAGCCAAUAUGAAAAUAGUGCAGAUAAUGUUACAAAGUUCACAGAAGACGAUGAAGUUGUCUGCUGGUGGUAUUACCAUGUUGAGUUUCAGUUGUUUAAUGCAAGUCAAUAGAUCUGUAUACUCAGCGUAUACAACAUUAAGAACAACAAUGAAAUAG